AUGACGCUCGAUCAACCCUCCAACAACAUGUCAGGUUCGCGGAAACGACGAUACCAAGACCGUCGAGAAUUUCGAGCCUCGCGAUCAUCAUUCUCCAGUGUCAAUUCAUGGCUGCUGACACCCUUGCAUUGUUUCGCAAUCCUCCUUUUGCACACUGGUGGUGCAAUGGCCAACGUGCAAGUGGUAGCUCUAUCCUACCAACAUUCUCCUCGAACGUCCGCAUCUCCAGCCUUUAUUAUACCAUCUCACCCGUUAGUACCACCAGUGCGCAACACGGCCACUAGUAGUAGUACACCCAAGAAGCAGAAGACCGUCACGACUUCACAACGAGCAGCCAAGUCAACCACCGCAAGUAUUCAGAAUAACAAAAGUGGUACCAAUAAAAACGAGCACAAAUCGUCCGUCACUUUUGUUGGAGAUUCUACCACGACCUUGGAAUUGGACGCCCCCAUGGAAUUGGUACAAGAAUUCCUGCAGUCCGAUAGCAGCAACGUUUACUUGCUAGGAACCGACGACAUCCAGUGUCAUGACGACCAUGACGAAAGUCAACAAUUAUUAUACGAAUGCAAACAACCCAUUAUCGAAUUCAUGGGCCUGCAGUUGCAGCCUACCUUUCGUCACAAACUGUAUCGCCAACCCAAUCAGGUGACGGCAAGCAUCGAAGAAGGUUCCAAGGCGGAAAUUGUGACACACUCGAGGCAUCCCGCCAAACGAGUCAUUUCCAGUUUGGUCCAUGACGCUACCUUUGUCGGUGAAUCUGUGGUAACCGUCCAUCCACAAGAGGCACAGGACCAUGCAACACAGAAGUGCAAACUUUCCAUCAACCUGAGUCUUUCCCUUCAGAUUCCAAUGCCCCGAUUCAUACCCAUACCCCCUGGAUUCAAUGCCCUAGGUGGUGCCAUUGUUCGAAGGGCCGGGCGACUUCGGACCCAGCAAUUGUUGGAGCGUCUCAAGGCAGCCUAUUACCAGCAUCAACAAGAACAACAACAGGAACAACAAGGCAGAAAUCCUGCUCCGACAAUCACAAACCCAAGCGUACCAUCGUUUGAGGACAAUUUUAGAAGAAUAUUAGCAAUGGCAUAA